CAGAUGUCGCUGGUGUCUGCAUGCGCUCGAGUAUGUAAAGCCGCACGUGCGCGCUUCUUCCCAGUGACCCUGGGCCCUGAAUUUAGGUCUAGUCAUCCUCUCCGUUCGUCCUUGUUUAGUUUCCUUCGCAAUCCACUUCCGUGUUGCAGCAGUGCGACCUUGGGAACCGAACUCUUCCCCCUUUCGAGGUCACGGUCCAUCUCAGUAGUGUAGGGUCCGUCUCCCGACCUCCCGGUUAGAAGCUCAGAAACUUAGGCCCAGGGCGUCUGGAUGCGGCAAGCCAUCGAACGAAAGACAUUGCAUUACAUUCCGUGUACGAGAGAGUUGUGUGUGGCAUAGGUAAAACAGGACUUUGCAAAAGAAUCUGUGUUGGUAAAAAUCUAUCUCUACUCCCCCGACCAAGUGUGCAAGAAAUAAACUAGGAAACUGAACGAAAAGAGCCAGUGCUUGAGAAGUCGUGAUUUGGGCCUGUUAUCCGUUGCCUUACAUCCAAUUCCUGUUAGUGUCAAGUGUUUUCUGUUGGUUGACUGCCUCUGCAACGAGACUUGAACGAAAGAAUUGUUGGAAUCUCAGGGAUACUUGUAUUUUUUUUUUCUGCUGUUUUGUCUCCAACCUGUCCAUUACCAAAGAGAACAAAAAAGGCUGUGAUCAAGAGUGUGAGUGAAGUAUAUUUUGGACCAGAAUGAGUACCAAAAAGAAUGUUGCUAUCAUUGGAUCUGGGAACUGGGGCUCGGCCAUUGCCCGCAUUGUGGGUGACAAUGUUAAGAAGCUUCCUUCAUAUCAUGACAUAGUGAAAAUUUGGGUGUAUGAAGAAACUUUGAAGGAUGGAAGAAAGUUGAGCGAGGUCAUCAACGAAGAGCAUGAGAAUGUUAAGUACUUGCCUGGCUACAAGUUCCCAAGCAAUGUGGUUGCUGUGACAGACAUUGUUGAGGCCUCAAAAGAUGCUGACAUCCUUGUCUUUGUCAUGCCUCACCAAUUUCUGGAGAGGAGUCUCCUACCAUUGAAGGGAAAGCUGAAACCAGGAGCAUUUGGUGUUUCUCUCAUCAAGGGCUUCCACAUUCCUCCUGGUGGAGGAAUCCGCCUCAUCAGUUGCUUGAUUAACGAGAUUCUGGAUAUAACUGUGCAUGUUCUCAUGGGAGCCAACCUCGCCCCUGAAGUUGCUGAGGGGAAAUUUUGUGAAACUACCAUAGGUGUACGAGACAUCAACCACAUGAAAUCAAUGAAGGAUCUCUUCCAGACUGAUAACUUCCGUGUUGUUGUGGUCGAUGAUGCAGAUGCAGUGGAGGUGUGUGGUGCCUUGAAGAACAUUGUGGGUGUGGGUGCAGGAUUUGUGGAUGGCCUGGGGUAUGGAGACAACACAAAGGCUGCUGUGAUUCGACUGGGACUCAUGGAAAUGAUCAAGUUUACUGAAGUGUUCUAUCCAGGAGCCAAGCUGAGCACCUUCUUUGAAAGCUGUGGUGUGGCCGACUUGGUGACCACAUGCUAUGGCGGACGCAACCGCAGGGUUGCCGAGGCUGUUGUCAAGCAUGGAAAGUCGAUUGCAACGCUGGAGAAAGAGAUGCUGGAUGGUCAGCGUCUCCAAGGACCUGAAACAGCUGCUGAAGUCAAUUAUAUGCUGAAGGAGAAGCAAAUGGAAGCCAGAUUCCCACUCUUCACUGCCAUCCAUCGUAUUUGCGAACAGGAGCUACCACCUUCAGAGAUGAUUGACUGUAUCAAGGUCCACCCUGAGCACCUGUAUGAACCAUCUUUUCUUCAGGAUUUGGAGGAAGGGAAGUUGGAAGUGUGAAGGCCUUGUAUUGAGAAGCACAAGUACAAUGUCUGGCAUGAAUAACCACAGCACUCAAAUGCAACUUCCAUGUUGGUCCCAUCUAAAUAGUAGAAAAAGUUAUUAGAUAUGUGCAAAAACCUCAUGUGGCUGGGUUUUAUGGUCUUAAUUUGGUGGAUUGUUAUUCUGAAAACAAAAUAUGUGGUCACUCAAAAGAAAAUGGUAAUGGUUUCGUGGGAUCAUGAUGCAAAUUCAAUACAGAAUGUGCCUGGAGUAUCUUCAAAUUGCAGUCUUUCUUCCUUCCUUGAAGUACAGAGUGUUCCAAUGAGUCAUGACGAAUUGAUUAUCGAAUAACUUUUAAAUUUGAACCAAUUCUGAUCGUGUGUAUACAUUUUUGUAAAGGGUUUCAAGAGAACUUUGACACAUAUUUGAGCGCAAACGGUUGAUAAUAAGUGAACUUACAGCAAUCUUCACAGACACCAUUUUUUCCAGCCAUCUGAUUGCGGGUGCUAAUGUGUGCUAAUUGUGUGUACUGUCUCUCUGAGUUAAGAGGCAUGGAAUAGGUUUUGGAAAGAGCCAACAACGGAGAUUCCAGGUGGAAUUUUGUGAUGGGAGAUGUCCAAGUGGAUCAACAAAGUUUUUUGAAAGCGUGUUUUUAUUUGCACGGUUUGCAAAUUGAUGCGCAGAAAAUUUGUACUUCAUGAGUCGCUUCAUAUGCUUUAUCUGAAUUCAAUGAUGAAUCUGGCCUUGGCAAUCCAGGAAAGAUGCGCUACUAAUCGCUCUUCUUCCUCGAAGUGAUUUUACCAUUCCAAUAAAUGGUAUUUGUUGUGGAACAUACCAUAUACAGUUGACUCUUGUUAUAAGGAAGUUGAUGAAGCCGCUGGAAUUAUUUCAUUACAUCAGGAGAGAGUUGUGUAUUUCCAAUUAGAGAACUGAAUCCUGUUAUGUCUGGGCAUAUAUGAUUAUUAUUCCGUGGGUGUACUUGG